UCUCUCCCUCGCUGCCAACGAAUUAGCAGAAUGCUCUCCAAUGAAUCCUUGCGCCCUCCCGUGUAUAGCCGUUCCAAUUCCCAAGCUUCUGUUGAUAGCACUUCCAUGGAGGAUUUCUGGUGUGAGGUACAAAACAUCAAGGAGAACACAGAAGAAAGGCAAGAUGAGCAAACCUUGUUAGAAAUGAAGCCUCCUGAUGAAGGUGAACUAGAAGCUGAAUGGUUGCAAGAUGUUGGUCUGUCUACAUUAAUAUCAGAAUCUGAAGAAGACAAUGGGGAAGCAUUGCUAUCAACCUUGACCCGAACUCAAGCAGCUGCAGUGCAGAAGAGGUAUACCACAUAUUCUCAGACCAUGAGAAAGAAAAAUAAACACAUAAUCAGAGAUGUGCGUGAUAUCUUUGGUAUCCAUAACUCCUCUCCUACAUUUGAAACUCUACCAGUGUUACCUGUUACAACCAAUAGUAUCAAUUUUUCUGUGCAGAAUCCAGAUUGGAAAAUGGUUAGCUCUAGUGACUGUAUGGAAUAUGAACUCAAUAAAGACAGCCAGAUGGAGAAAGAGUUUUCCCUUGAAAUUUCAUUCUCAGAAUCAAUCACGGUGGUUCCAAAACACAGAGAUUGUCACAAAAGUCAAAGGUUAAAAAAGGAUGAUUCUUCAUUACCUAAAUAUACAAUUAGGAAAAGUCGACUUGGAUUAACUGAAGUUGGAGAUUUGUCUCCAGAGGACAUGAAGAAAAUUCGUUAUCUCUCUCUGAUUGAAUUAACGGCUGUCUAUGAUGCUUUAGGAAUAGAGUUGAAAAGGAACCGGACAGAAAGGAUGAAAAGGCGAGAAAAUGGCCUUUUUGGAGUUCCAUUAGCAGUGCUCUUGGAAAAUGAUCAAAAAAAGUUUCCUGGAAUUAAAGUCCCCCUCAUUUUUCAAAAACUAUUGCUCAAACUUGAAGAAACUGGUCUGGAAACGGAAGGUAUUCUUCGAGUGCCUGGAUCUGCUUCCAGAGUGAAGAGUCUUCGCCAAGAAAUUGAAGCCAAAUUUGAUGAAGAUGCUUUUGAUUGGGAUCAAGUACGCAACAAUGAUGCAGCAGGACUGCUGAAGAUGUUUGUGCGAGAACUACCAAGUCCUCUCUUUCCUGUUGAAUACUUGCCUGCUUUUAUCACAUUAGUAGAAAAAAUAUCCAAAAUCAAACUGCAGCUUCAGGCUUUGCAUCUGCUGAUCAUGCUCCUUCCCAAUGCUAGUCGUGAUGCAGCCAAGGCCCUUCUACAGUUUUUGAAGAAGGUAGUUGCUAAUGAAAAUAAAAAUAAAAUGACUUUAUGGAACGUAUCCAUGAUUGUUGCCCCAAACCUCUUCAUCUACAAAGGCAAACAUGCCAAUCAAGAAGAGAUGCUAGCAGCAGCCACUACUGCUCAUGUUGUAAGGCUUUUGAUUAAAUACCAAGAUAUCCUAUGGAUUGUCCCAACAUUUCUGAUUACUCAAGUGAGAAAAAUGAAUGAGGCUGCAAUGAACAAUACUAAAAAACAACUCAUGUUUGACAAGGGUGUAAGAAAACUAUUGAGAAGGAAAACUAUGGACCGGGAGAGACCAGAAAGAACAGAGUCAGAUAUACCUGAAGGUGUGAUAAGAGUCCAUGCUCCACUGCAUUCAAAGGUUUCUAUGGCAAUUCAACCAAAUAAUCAAACAAAAGCCAAAGAUAUUGUGGCACGAUUUUACUGUGAAAACAGACCUGGAUCAUCAGAAGAAUUCAAAAUGCCAGUCCAAAGUUUAUAUGAAAUUGGAGGAAAUAUAGGAGAACACUGUUUGGAUCCAGAUGCAUAUAUGCUGGAUGUGUACCGUGCCAAUCCUCAAGCAGAGUGGGUAAUUAAAGAAAAAAGAAGUUCAACAUUUUAA